CGUCUCUGUGCACGCUAGCGUUAUUUUGACCCGAGACCGAGUCCACCAUAGCACAGCUGAUAGCGCGUCGCGUACGUCGCAGUAUUCGCAGUAGGUGAUAGCACGUUACAACGUCACGAACAUGAAUUUGACGCCCAGGAGAUCGUACAAGGAAAAACGCUCGUUCGAGCAGCGAUCUAUUAGUGCGGAGGAAAUCAGAAAGCUGCAUCCGACUAAAAUCCCCAUUAUUGUGGAGCGUUACAAAUUAGAAAAUCAGCUGCCACUUUUGGACAAGAGUAAAUUUCUAGUGCCAGAUUUUCUAACUGUGGCGGAAUUUUGCAAAAUAAUCAGACGUCGGCUGCAACUGAAUCCAACGCAAGCUAUUUUCCUACUAGUGAAUCAAAAAAGUAUGGUAAGUGGUAGUCUGACUAUGGCUGAGCUCUAUCAAAAUGAAAAGGAUCCAGACGGUUUUCUGUAUGUUGUAUUCGCUAGUCAGGACGUAUUUGGUAAUCAUUAACUGGUGCAAGCUAAUUUUAAACCAUUUGCAGACAAAAACGAAAUACCUCCUCGGCACUUAAUAAUACUUUGAUAGAUGUUUACGUGGAUUUUUGUGGGGAUUCUAGAUCUGCUAGCAACUCUGUCUGCCUUCAUUGGAAAUGUGCAGAAUCUUUGUGAUCAACUUACCGUACCUGGAAUAAUUAACAGAACAAUCAUAUAAUUCGUUUUUUGGAUAUGUGUAUAAAAUCAUUACGGUGCUUUCUACCCCUUUGACAUACGGACAAAUUACAUUUUAUAUAAGUUAGUAUAGUGUCUACUUAGUUUACUACUAGUAAUGAUGAAUUUUACUACUAAUUUUAGCGGCGGUAAGUUAUAUAAAAUGAUAAUAAGGUAAUAUAUAUAUAUAUCUAA